GCGGGGUCAUCCAAGCGCAGGCGCAGUGCGGUGUUUGUCUGCCGGACUGACGGGCGGCCGGGCGGUGCGCGGCGGCGGCGGGGAAGAUGGCGGCGUCCUCCCUGGAGCAGAAGCUGUCCCGCCUGGAAGCAAAGCUGAAGCAGGAGAACCGCGAGGCCCGGCGGAGGAUCGACCUCAACCUGGAUAUCAGCCCCCAGCGGCCCAGGCCCAUUAUUGUGAUCACUCUAAGCCCUGCUCCUGCCCCGUCCCAACGAGCAGCCCUGCAGCUCCCGCUGGCCAAUGAUGGGGGCAGCCGCUCACCGUCCUCCGAGAGCUCCCCACAGCACCCCACACCCCCUGCCCGGCCCCGCCACAUGCUGGGGCUUCCGUCAACCUUGUUCACACCCCGCAGCAUGGAGAGCAUCGAAAUUGACCAGAAGCUACAGGAGAUCAUGAAGCAGACGGGCUACCUAACCAUCGGGGGCCAGCGGUACCAGGCAGAAAUCCACGAUCUGGAGAACCUGGGCGAGAUGGGCAGCGGCACUUGCGGCCAGGUGUGGAAGAUGCGCUUCAGGAAGACGGGCCAUGUCAUUGCCGUCAAGCAAAUGCGGCGCUCGGGGAACAAGGAGGAGAACAAGCGGAUCCUCAUGGACCUGGAUGUGGUCCUCAAGAGCCAUGACUGCCCCUACAUCGUGCAGUGCUUCGGGACCUUCAUCACUAAUACGGAUGUUUUCAUCGCCAUGGAGCUCAUGGGCACGUGCGCCGAGAAGCUCAAGAAGCGGGUGCAGGGCCCCAUUCCCGAGCGGAUCCUGGGCAAGAUGACGGUGGCGAUCGUGAAGGCGCUGUACUACCUGAAGGAGAAGCACGGCGUGAUCCACCGUGACGUCAAGCCCUCCAACAUCCUGCUGGACGAGCGGGGCCAGAUCAAGCUCUGCGACUUCGGCAUCAGCGGCCGUCUCGUCGAUUCCAAGGCCAAGACGCGCAGCGCGGGCUGUGCCGCCUACAUGGCACCUGAGCGCAUAGACCCUCCGGACCCCACCAAGCCAGACUACGACAUCCGGGCCGAUGUGUGGAGCCUUGGCAUCUCCUUGGUGGAGCUGGCGACGGGACAGUUUCCCUACAAGAACUGCAAGACAGACUUUGAGGUCCUCACCAAAGUCCUGCAGGAAGAGCCCCCGCUCUUGCCCGGUCACAUGGGCUUCUCGGGGGACUUUCAGUCCUUCGUCAAAGACUGCCUUACUAAGGAUCACAGGAAGAGACCAAAGUAUAAUAAGCUACUUGAACACAGUUUCAUCAAGCGCUACGAGAUGCUGGAGGUAGACGUGGCAUCCUGGUUCAAGGAUGUCAUGGCGAAGACCGAGUCACCGAGGACUAGCGGAGUCCUGAGCCAGCACCACCUGCCCUUCUUCAGGUAGCCACGUGGUGGCGGCCAGCCCCACCGGGGGCCGGGGGCAUGGCCACAGGCCCCCCCUUCCCCACCUGGCCACCCAGCUGCCCGCCAGGGGAGACCUGGGAUCUGGAUGGCUGCUGAGGGCUGAGGACAGAAAGUAGGGGGCGCCGACCCACCCCCGACUCCCUGCCCACCAGCUGUGGACAGACGGGCUCGCCAGGCCCCAGCCCUUCCCGUCCCGGGGUCAGCCGGCCGUGCGCGUCCCCCUGACAGACACUGUGAACGGAAGACAGCAGGCCACGAGCAGACUCGCUAUUUAUUCAGUCGUAACCUCUGGGCUGGGGCGGCCCCCAGGGCCCGGGAGAGAGCCGCCCGUCCUGCCCCUUCCCUCCCCACCCCACCCGCUGUGUGUUGUCCCCUCUGCCUCCCCUCUGCGAACACGUUCCUUGUGUCUGUCCCCUCUCUCUCAUCCCUUGUCUACCUCUCUGGCUUUCCCCACCUCCUUCCCUGCCUCUGCCUCUCUCCUGGCCCAGAUUUGGGCUCUGCCACCCCCAGGGGUGAGGGGGGGGACCCCUGGGUCCACUUAGGUCUCCAGCAACGGCGAGUCGGUCGGCUGGUGUCUUCGCCCCAGGAAGGCGGGCUGGGCGUUAUGACUACAGCUGGACCUGGGCUGGUCUUUCUCUCUCUCUCUCUCUCUCUCUCUUUCUCUCUCUCUCUGUCUUUCUCUGUCUCUCUUUGAUCUCAGGGGGUCCUUUUUGGAGUUUAUUGUAUUUUAUUGUACUUGGUGGGGUGUUUGGGGGGUGGGGGGAGAAGAGCUUGUUCUCACGGGGUUUGUCGGUACCUUCAGAAACUUUUACCAAAGUCAUGUUUAGCUGCUUGCGGUGGAGCCCCUGACCGCCUGUGGGCACGGGCGUCUGGGGCUGGGGGCCAAGCCCCAAAGGUGGGCUCUGGGGGCGUUCCUCCUCCCUCGGGGCCAGCCCUCGGGGCUGGAGACUGGCCACAGCUUGGGGGGUGAGUUGAGGACCUCAGGGGGCAUGGAGGGAGCCCAAGGGGCCGCGGCCACACAGGGUGGCCUUCAGGGAAGGCGGGCACAGGGCACGCCGAGGGCAGCAGGCGCUGCCGCGGCAGGGAGGUGGUGGAAGGAGUCGGUGGCAGAAGCGGGGCCGUGGAGCCCCGGGGAGGCAGGGAUUGAGGGUGCAAGUGGUGAGCGUGGGGGUUCGAGGACGUGUGACGGGACAGAGGUGGGGCUGGCUGAGGGCUGGGCGUGUGCAGGCAGUCACGCCCUCGUAGUGCCCCUGAGCGCCCCUCGACCCCCCCAGAGCUGGCCAGUCCGCCCGAGCCCUGUGCAGCAGCCGGAAUGGGAGGGGGUGUGUUUCCUUUUUGUUGGUGAUGCAUGCAAACCAAGUGGACGACGAAACAAAACAAAACAAAAUGAAAAAAAACAAAAAACCCACCAACACCAAAGGUGAGGAACUUGGCCGGAUGUAGCUGAAGCAGUCUAGACCUAGGCAUCCCUGUAUUCUCUUGUUCCUGUCCAUACUCACGAAAUGCCGCAUGUUUAAAAGUACGCAAGUUCUCUGCUCUUUGCCCCCCCUCCCCGGGAGGGGAACGGCCACCUUCUCCCGCCCCGGUCUCCUUUGUGAGGGGAUGGGCGCAGGGUGGGGGGCCAACAGGCCUGGUCCCCCAUGCUCCCUCGCCUGGCCCGGCCAGGGGGGCCUUUGUGGGUAGCCGGAAGGUUCCAUGGCUGGUCCCAGGGCCAGCGCAGGCCCUAGGCCGGCCACCUGGAUUUACUUUUAUUUAACUAUUUUCUGUUUUGUGAGUGUGUCUGCCCACCCCUGCCCUCCUUCAGUGUUAAGUGGGAGUUCUGGGGGAACCUCUUCCCCUCUGCCUCUUUCCUGGCCUGCCCUCCGUCACCGGUCACCAGCCCUCCCUCUUGACCAGGCAGAGGGUGGAGCGGGCGGGCAGGGGCCUGGGGUGGCCCACAGCCCCCUUCUCUGGUCGCCAGUAUUCCCCUGUCCCUUUUUAAAAUGAAAUGCCCUCGUUUGUAAAUCCUUAGACGCUUGAGAAUAAAACCCCUCCCUUUUCUUC